AAAGAUUCGCAAUGACAUGGGACCAGCAGCGCAUCCGUGGAGAGAACGUGCGAGUCAACGAGUCGAUCACCGGCAGGGAAAUGCUGCCACAACGACGGAAUUGGAUUGGCCAUUCGACAAUCUGUCCGCUCUCCAUCACCCCAUUACCAUGACCUCCAUGCAAGUCGAGUCGUGCAUCUCAUGCAUCCCAUUGCCUGUCGUCUGCGACGCAUGUACGGCAUCCCCAUCAGAAACCGAGCUCGAGUUCCUCGUCCACCAAGUGAACCAACUUCCGACGGACGCGUUGGAAGAAAUGAUCUACAUCGUGUCUGCCUACGAACCCCAAUGGCUCGACGUGCUCGAGCGCAGCGUCGACUCCAACUUCGACGUGACUACCCUGAGUCCCUUGGCUAUUGAAGUCAUGCAGCACUACGUGUACACGAAUCUAGCAUGUUGCUUUGUGGCCAACAUGGACAAUAACCACACCUCCAACGACGACGACAUGGACGUUGGGGCAUAGUAAAUCGACUGGCCAGUUCGCGGUCUUUAGCUUAUUUAACUGAUUUUUAAGUGUCUUAUCAAAUGGUCUACUUGGUCUGGGGUGUACAGUGUCGCAGGUCUCUCUCAUAUGCAUCUCGUUGUCGAGUCC